UGUGUAGUCAAAAAUAGUGAAUGUUCAUAGCUACUUGUUAAGUAACAUUAGAGUAGGUUAUCAGUGGGUGUUUGCAAGAAUCUAUUUUCUUUUAAAGUAGGGCUGUGAUCAAGGACGUGCGCGCGCGUCGCUGUCAGUUUGUAAACGCAAGCGCGUCCCCGACUCUGAAGGCGAAUGCGGCAGGAAAAAACAAGGAUUGCAAGAGAGAAAAGUCGGCAUACUCUAACCUCGAGAUCAUACGUUCCUUAUUUUGGAACGAAAAACACGUCCUUUUGGCUUGUAUAACUGCCCGAACUAGCUAAGGAUAUUCAGGAAAAACUAUAGGCCACUGACUACGCUACUCAGACCAUCCAUCACGUUACAUCCAGUGAGCUGGACAACUUCGAUCGUUUUGUGAUCUGUCAUCAAGGCUCUAGACCGAUGCAGUUUAGAACUGACUGGUAACCCUUCUGCAGGCGUUCCCCUCGUCUCAUUUUUGGAGCCAGAGCUUUUGGGGGGCAGAGUCCUGCGUUAGUGGCAGAGCCUCCAUCCCCCAGUUAGCCGGAGUCGUCAUUGUACAUCGGAACACUGUCGCUGUCGAAGUGUGUUGGUUGGAUUGAACUGAUCUGAUCUUCUGACUGGGGAAACCGCAGCAGCUGCAAGCCAAGCCCUCUGCUUGACCACCCCUGGCCCCGCCUACACCUCCCUGCUGCCACCAUGGUUCUGUCACAACGGCAACGAGACGAACUAAAUCGAGCAAUAGCUGAUUACCUUCGUUCAAAUGGAUAUGAAGAGGCAUAUUCAACUUUCAAGAAGGAGGCUGAAUUAGACGUGAAUGAAGAAUUGGAUAAGAAGUAUGCCGGCCUUUUGGAAAAGAAAUGGACCUCAGUCAUCAGAUUACAAAAGAAGGUGAUGGAGCUGGAGUCGAAGCUGAACGAGGCCAAGGAGGAGAUCACCCUAGGUGGGCCCAUAGCCCAGAAGCGUGACCCCAAAGAGUGGAUCCCUCGCCCGCCGGAGAAGUACGCACUGAGCGGCCACCGCUCCCCUGUCACACGCGUCAUCUUCCACCCAGUCUUCAGCGUCAUGGUGUCCGCCUCCGAGGACGCCACAAUAAAGGUGUGGGACUAUGAGACAGGAGACUUUGAGCGGACGCUGAAGGGCCACACUGACUCUGUCCAGGACAUCUCCUUUGACCAGACUGGCAAGCUGCUGGCCUCCUGCUCUGCAGACAUGACCAUCAAGCUGUGGGACUUCCAGGGCUUUGAGUGCAUCAGAACCAUGCAUGGACACGAUCACAAUGUUUCAUCCGUAGCCAUCAUGCCCAAUGGAGAUCAUAUAGUAUCUGCCUCUAGGGACAAAACCAUUAAAAUGUGGGAGGUGGCCACUGGUUACUGUGUGAAGACGUUCACGGGCCACAGGGAGUGGGUGAGGAUGGUCCGGCCCAAUCAGGAUGGCACCCUGAUCGCCAGCUGCUCCAAUGACCAGACUGUGCGUGUGUGGGUGGUGGCGUCCAAAGAGUGCAAGGCCGAGCUGCGGGAGCACGAACACGUGGUGGAGUGCAUCUCCUGGGCCCCUGAGAGCGCUCAUCCCACCAUCUUGGAAGCCACCGGCUCAGAGUCUAAGAAGAGUGGUAAGCCGGGCCCCUUCCUGCUGUCUGGCUCCAGAGACAAGACCAUCAAGAUGUGGGACGUCAGCAUUGGGAUGUGCCUUAUGACACUGGUUGGCCAUGAUAACUGGGUGCGCGGGAUGCUUGUCCACCCCGGAGGCAAGUUCAUAUUAAGCUGUGCUGACGACAAGACCUUAAGGAUCUGGGACUACAAGAACAAGCGCUGCAUGAAGACUCUUAGUGCCCAUGAACACUUUGUUACCUCUCUCGAUUUCCACAAGAAUGCGCCGUAUGUUGUCACCGGGAGCGUAGAUCAAACAGUAAAAGUGUGGGAGUGUCGCUGAUCCGAUCAGGCCUAAGAAGAUCGGACCACCACCAUCCCAAUUACCACCCCACCUCCUCUCACCCCACCUCCUAUAGGCCUCAUAACCCCCCCGCCCCCCUCUACAUCCCACCUAACACUAUCUCUUUCAUCACCUCUGGUUACACUCACACACCAUGGUUAAUACCUUAUCCUGUCAUCACGCUCUCUGGUCCAAUAACUAUGGUCCUUUUAUGUACAUUAUUCUGGAUGUAGAUUGAGCUAUUAAAUGUUACACAGCAAAAAAAGUGUUCUUGCAUGGUGAUGAUGAAUCCAAAAUUGUAUACUGUAAAUUUACAUAAGGUUGUCUAGAAGUACCAUAGGUUUAACAUGGGUGGGGCUGGCUAAGUCUGUUGUCACAUGCAGCCUUACCUACCUACUUAUUGAAGGCAGAUGUUUCUUUGUGUGUGUCACAAAUGCCACACUAUUCCCUAUAUGUUGCAAUACCUAUGAACAGGGCCUAUGUGCCCUGAUCCAAGGUAGUACACUACAGGGAAUAGGGUGCCUUUUGGGACACAUUCUUUGACUGGGUGUAAAACGUAGGGCGCUAACACUGAUAAUUUUAAAAACGACUGUCGUUUCUUUUCGUGUCAGAUUUAUUAUUUUUGUCACUUUUUUUUCCUGUUUAUUUUAUUUUUGUUAUUUUCUCUCCUUUUCACUGUUGUAGUCUGUCAGUGACCUUUUUGAGGGGGAAAAGUAUAAUCCCUUGAUGUCGGAGGAUAUGAGAUUGUCUGUCUGUGGGGGUUUUGUUAUUGGAAUAAUCUGUAGCUUUGUAACAUCACUUCUGAAGUGUGCAUACCAUUUCUCUUCAUGUGGAACUAGAUAAUAUAUUAAUGGCUGCAUAUACGAUUGUUUCAAACUGUUGUCUAUCUUCGGUCAUCUGGGGGUUGAGAAAACAAAACAGCUUUGUACUCUUGUCAUGACGACGCGUCCUAAACUGAGUAGCAAAACCACACCUGAUAGGCUUAGAAUUAUCCUAUCCAAUGACUGAAUUAUGUUUAUUGAAUCGGAACCUUUCUAUAUUGGCAUCUGAAUGAAUUCACCUGGCUAGGCUGCGCAGCUGGUGAUCUUAUUUCAGGGGGUUAGCAUUUUGGCUGAAAACUCAGUGGACUGAUGACUUUCAGGUUAGCAUUUAGGCAAUGUGAGCCGAUAGCGUGAGGUUACUCCUCCCUGAAACGCUGCCCCCUGUCUGUUCGGACUGGUACUGGACCUUAUGGUUGGCCGCAACUGAUCAGGCGACCGACCGCUUCAGCCUUUCUUUAGCACUUGGCCCUUUAGCAACUGACUUCAGGGAUAUCACCUCUUUUUAAUCUCAAGCACUUGAAAAGAAAGACCGUUAGGUGUCUCCCUCCCUCUGUAAGAUGUCUCACUGUUGUCUCAAGUCUAACCUGAGUGAUUUCCAUUGGACUCAACUGAACCUUCUCCCUUUUUCUAACCAUAUGACGAAUCAGGUGUCAGCUGGGUUUUAUUAUCCCUUAUACUACAGGAAUCAUGUAAGAGAUUUGAUGCUCAGUUGGCCAUUGUCUUGUGCUGCUUGCUUCUAUGGGCUGUGUAAAUUAGGGAGGGUAAGCUUAAGCCUUAGCUCUGGAUGAAAUAUGCAAGUUUCAAAUGAGUCGGACACAGUCAGAGAGACGUCGUCAUAGCAUGACAAGGAGUCAAAGUUGCCCCUCUGGUUUUGAUGUGCAAAAUAUCUCCCUGGAAAAAUACAAAGAAUUGAGAGGUAAUAAAGCUGUUUCUGUGGGGGAGAAAGACAUGUAAACUAAAGCUUUUUACUGAGCUGUAGGUAAGUGUCCAAAUCUGUGUUUCCACUGAACUGACUGGGUAACUUUCGGGGGGGAUUCAUUCAUUCAGUUGGUGAUGAAAUAAAAUGCUAGCAGUAGACAUGCUAA